AUGAUCUCGUUACUGCAUUGCCAACCAGCCCUGAUGGAUACUCACAUCAACUGCUCAACAACAUGGGAAUAUCCACAGGGUCAGUAAACAAAUGUUUGUCAAGGUUAUGUCACGUGACCAAUCUGAUUGUUAUGUGUAGGUGGGCACAAGAGUUGAGAUUUUACUGUACAACAAGCCACCACAACAGAGUCGUUCAUUUUAAAACAAACAACAGAAAUAUUAUUCAAACUGCUUAUGAUGGAAAGAAACAUUUCUCUGUGUCAGACUGGAGCUCAAAAACUGAAAAGUUGACUGGACACACAGCACACAUUCCAGAUGCAACCAACUCUGUAUGGGCUGUUAGUCAUCAAACAGCAGGAUUUACAGACUUUCCUUUUUACCAUAGUGCACAUGGUGCCUACACUUGGGGAAUUGCACCCAAAUAUGGAUCAGGUCGAUUUGAGUGUGAUGACUAUCCAAACAACUACAAUUAUGACACUCUCCACCAUGUGUUUGUCAGAGACUAGACUGCAAAAGCAAUACUGCUGACUAUACUUUAUGUAAAUUGCAAUAAACAAG